AUGACUCCUGCUCGAAUUGCAGAACUGCGGCAAGAAACGGUUUCUAUGUUUUACCACGGAUUUGAUAACUACAUGAAUGUCGCAUUUCCAGAAGAUGAGCUACGGCCUGUAUCCUGCGUGCCUUUAACUCGGGACCAGCAAAAUCCCCGCAAUGUCGAACUUAAUGAUGUCCUCGGAAACUACUCCCUCACCUUGAUCGACAGUCUGUCAACGCUUGCGAUCAUAGCAUCCGCCCCUCCGGAUCGUGAAGGAACAGGAACAAAGGCGCUGCGGGACUUUCAAGAUGGCACGGCUGCCCUCGUUUUACAAUACGGAGAUGGCACAAGCAGCACUUCGGGGAAGGGCCUACGGGCGCGGGGUUUCGAUGUCGAUAGUAAGGUUCAAGUUUUUGAGACUGUCAUAAGGGGCGUUGGGGGCCUGCUGAGCGCUCAUUUAUUUGCGGCUGGGGAGCUUCCGAUAGACCGCUAUAAACCUCGAUCGGAAUGGUCAAGUUCUAUAAAGAAGCUCCCGAAGGGGGAGAUCCCGGCAAUUACAUGGCCCAAUGGGUUUCGUUAUAACGGCCAGCUACUACGGCUUGCCCUGGAUCUCGCCCAACGUCUCCUUCCAGCGUUUUACACCCAUACCGGAAUGCCAUAUCCAAGGGUCAACCUUCGUCAUGGUAUUCCGUUUUAUCUAAAUUCUCCGCUGAACCAUGACCCUGACUCCGAGGACUCAACCGAGGAUGGAGCUCCUGAGAUCACCGAGACUUGUAGUGCCGGAGCCGGAAGUUUAGUCCUUGAAUUCACGGUUUUAAGUCGCCUCACAGGAGACCCGAGAUUUGAGCAGCUUGCGAAGCGUGCGUUCUGGGCUGUUUGGGACAGGAGAAGCUCCAUUGGACUGCUUGGUGCUGGAGUUGAUGCUGAAAGUGGCAAGUGGAUUGGACCUUAUUCAGGUAUCGGCGCUGGCAUUGACAGUUUUUUUGAAUAUGCCUUGAAAACGCACAUUCUUCUCUCGGGACACGAGUUGCCGAACAUCACUAUUCCUUUCGAAGAACCGCCAGAUUCAUGGCUUGACCCAAACACAAUCUACAAUCCAUUGACUGCCGAGGAAAAUUCACCUGAUGCUUUCCUUGCCGCAUGGAAUGAAGCACAUGCGGCAAUUAAACGGCAUGUUUACAGCGGGAUUCAUCAUCCGCACUAUGUGAAUGUUCACUUAUCCACAGGCUCGCCGCAAGCAUAUUGGAUAGACAGCCUUGGUGCAUACUAUCCGGGGUUGUUGACACUUGCUGGGGAAGUGGAAGAGGCCAUUGAGACAAAUCUUCUUUACACAGCACUGUGGACCAGGUAUGCGGCACUGCCAGAGAGGUGGUCGGUUCGAGAUGGUCAUGUAGAAGGCGGCCUUGGUUGGUGGCCUGGACGACCAGAGUUCAUAGAAUCCAAUUACCACCUGUAUCGGGCCACUGGAGACCCAUGGUACCUUCAUGUGGGCGAGAUGGUGCUGAAGGACAUCAAGCGGCGGUGCUGGACCGAAUGUGGAUGGGCUGGUCUUCAAGAUGUACGGACAGGCGAGAAGAGCGAUCGUAUGGAGAGUUUCUUCCUUGGGGAAACAGCCAAAUAUCUUUAUCUUCUCUUCGAUCCGGAGCAUCCGCUGAAUUCCCUCGAUGCAGCUUAUGUCUUCACUACCGAGGGCCACCCACUGCUCAUCCCUCGAGAGAAACUCCCAGCUAUUAUUAGACGGAAAGCAGGAGGUGCAAAAGAAGUUCAACCCCGCCAUGAGAUUCGGGCAAGAGCCACCUGCCCUGCACCCCAACCUCCUCUCCCUUUCUCUAUCUCUACUACUGCUGCCAGGCCAGACAUAUUUCACGCAUCAAGUUUAGUAGGUCUGCACCACAUACCGAACACCCACGUUGUGGAAGGGGCAAUUUAUGAAAAGUCUCAAUCCAACAACGAGUGGAUAUCAGAUUCUCAAAUCUUGUCAAAUUACACCUAUUAUCCCUGGACACUACCUGAUUAUCUAAUGCCUUCCAAUGGUACUAGUAACGCACUCCCGCUAGGACAGACAUUUACCAUUGAGUUCCCGACCAAUGCUCCCGCAGCCACGCCAUCUGGGCACUCGAACUUCAUGGCCUUUGGUCCGCACGGCCUUGUCAGACUAAAUGAAGGAAUUCUAGUCAAGAGUUUAUCAGGGCUUAGGCUUGGAAUGGUCUACGAGUCUCCAUCACCAUUCCGUGCCCUUGACGGGCCCCUCCAUGAGACUUGGCGAGUCUGGAACAUUGCUAAUAUCGCUCUGGGGCGUGACGAGCAGGUCUUUAUCCCAAGAGAGAUCAUCGGGGAGUUGAACGACCCCUCUUUUACGCGAAUGCGGGACCCGGUGAUGCUCGAUAUCGUUCUGCAAUUAGAACACGACCCUCAGCUAAACCAAAACUCAAGCGGAAACGUUGAAGAACUCUACCCUGACGAAGAUGUUCUUGAAAAUAGCCCAGGUCUUGCUUUUGAUAAUUCAAUUGCGAAUCCCGGACUUGCUUCCGAGUAUAAAACUAUGCUCACUUCUCUGCUACGCCACGUCAAGUCCGCCCUUAGAGACCCAGCAGCUACUCUCCUCCCAGAACCUGAGAUCCCGCAAACAUACCCCUCCAUAAAAAUACCAGCCAUCAUGCCAACCGGCAUGGGCGCCGCUCCCAUAGUCGAUGUGGCCGACUCACCUGAUCCAAGCGAAGGCCCUAGGACCGAUCACUUGUCUUGGAAGACCAUCUACUUCGCAGGAGACGCUUGCUCCAAAACUCCAGAUGAAGCUCCAAGAAAGCAUGAAGUCAUCGUGAUUCUCAGGGGCGGGUGCACAUUUUACGAUAAACUCGCAAACAUUCCUAGCUACUCUCCGUCACCGGUGAGUCUCAAGCUUGUAAUAAUAAUCGACCAUCAAAGUGGCGAGGAGGACGAUGGGUUUCCCACCGGAGCUGGGAGUGGAUUAUUUAGGCCGCUGCUUGAUCGGCCGCAGGUUACGCCUAGUGGGUUGAUUAGACAGAACCCGAUUUCUAUGGUUAUGGUUGCUGGCGGGAAGGAGGUUGAGGAAUUGCUUAGAAGAAGUAGGAGUUUGUUAGCUCUUGCCACUAGUAGCCUGAGCUUGGUGGUGGCUACUCUUCUCAUUCAACCAAAGUCUCCAUCUACCAAAACAAACAAUAAUAUCCAGCGCUACCAAUCAUAUCAUAACCUCAGCCUGCCUCUCACGCUGGAACCCAUCCUCUUCGCUGCUCUCGUAGCAAUCGCAAUCGCCAUGGCUACCAACACAUUGCCUCUCUUCCUAACCCGCCUCCUCCGCCCCUUCAGCACAUCCACAUCCCUCCACCUCGCCGCCACUGAUGCCGCGGCAGUCAACGUACCAGAAGGUGCUAAGAAAGCCACAAUAGCAGCAGGCUGUUUCUGGGGCGUCGAGCACAUGUUCCGGAAAGAAUUCAAGUCAAAAGGCCUCUACGACGCACGCGUAGGCUACAUCGGUGGGGAUACCGCUUCGCCCUCGUACCGCAGCGUCUGCUCCGGCACUACAGGGCACGCCGAAGCCCUCCAAGUAUUCUACGACCCAUCCAAGGUCACAUACAGCCAGUUAUUGCAGUUUUUCUAUAAAAUGCACGAUCCUACGACAGCGAAUAGACAAGGCCCGGAUGCUGGAAGUCAGUACCGCAGUGCGAUCUUUUAUCACGAUGAGGAGCAGGAGAAGGUUGCGAGAGAGGUUACGGAGAAGGUUAAUGAGAAGUGGUGGGGUGGGAAGGUCGUCACACAGAUCUUGCCCGCGGGGCAGUGGUGGGAUGCGGAGGAUUAUCACCAGAAAUAUCUUGAGCCAGGAAAUAACCCAGGUGGUUAUGAAUGUCCAAGUCAUUUUUUGAGGAGCUUCCCUCCGUUAGAAUAG